UCCUCUCCAUCUUGUUUCAGGUCCAGAAUGGGGGCCAUGUCUGUCUGGGUCUCAGGCCUCCUGAUUCUCCAGAUGCUGCUCUUUGUGGCUGGGGAACAGGGCACACAGGACGCCACUGCUGCUGCCACUGCUGAGAAGGGGCUCCACAUGCAGAAGGUGGGGUCUGGGUCGGUGCGGGCUGCGCUGGCAGAGCUGGUGGCCCUGCCCUGUCUCUUCACCUUGAGGCCACGGCCAGGUGCAGCCAGAGAAGCCCCUCGGAUCAAGUGGACCAAGGUGCGGACUGCAUCAGGCCAACGGCAGGACUUGCCCAUCCUAGUGGCCAAGGACAACGUGGUUCGAGUGGCCAAGGGCUGGCAGGGACGCGUGUCACUACCUGCCUACCCGCGGCACCGGGUCAACGCCACGUUGCUACUGGGGCCACUGAGGGCCAGCGACUCCGGGCUGUACCGCUGCCAGGUGGUGAGGGGCAUCGAGGAUGAGCAGGACCUGGUGCCCCUGGAAGUGACGGGUGUUGUGUUCCACUACCGAGCAGCCCAGGAUCGCUACUCGCUGACCUUCGCUGAGGCCCAGGAGGCCUGCCGUCUCAACUCGGCCACCAUUGCAGCCCCGCGGCACCUGCAGGCUGCCUUCGAGGAUGGCUUUGACAACUGUGAUGCCGGGUGGCUCUCUGACCGCACUGUUCGGUAUCCUAUCACCCAGUCCCGUCCUGGUUGCUAUGGUGACCGUAGCAGCCUUCCAGGGGUGAGGAACUAUGGGAGGCGAGACCCACGGGAACUCUACGAUGUGUAUUGCUUUGCCCGUGAGCUGGGGGGCGAGGUCUUCUACGUAGGCCUGGCCCGCCGCCUGACACUGUCCGGCGCGCGUGCCCAGUGCCGCCGCCAGGGCGCCGUGCUGGCCUCGGUUGGACAGCUUCACCUGGCCUGGCAUGAGGGCCUGGACCAGUGCGACCCGGGCUGGCUGGCCGACGGCAGCGUGCGCUACCCGAUCCAGACGCCGCGCCGGCGCUGUGGGGGCCCAGUCCCUGGCGUGCGCACCGUCUAUAGCUUCGCCAACCGCACCCGCUUCCCGGCGCCGGGAGAGCGCUACGACGCCUACUGCUUCCGAGCUCAUCACCCUACAUCACAACGUGGAAACCCAGAGACCCCGUCGUCUGGGGAUGAGGGGGAGAUUCUGUCAGCAGAAGGGCCCCCCGCCCAAGAACUGGAGACCAGCCUGGAGGAGGAGGAGGAGGUAGUCACCCCAGACUUCCAGGAGCCUCUGGUGUCCAGUGGGGAAGAAGAGCCUCUGAUCUUGGCAGAGAAGCAGGAGUCUCUAGAGACCCCCAGUCCUGCCACUGGGGGCCUCACACUAGCCUCAAGGCCUGCUCUGGAGGCUGAGGAGGUGUGGCUGAGCACGGUGUCCCCCGCCCCCAGCAACGUGGAGGCAGGCACUGCGGUGGGCAUGCACACAGAGGCAACCCCAGCCAGCCCCACGCCCAGGAGGAGGGGGCGCUUUAAAGGGUUGAAUGGGCGCCACUUCCAGCAACAGGAACCCCAGCGAGGGCUGAAGGGGGUGCUCCAGGCCAGCGUCCAGCCCCCCACCCCAGAGGUUGCUGGGAAUUACGUGGAGCCUCCCCUGGCCACAGGAGCCACUGACGCCUUGGGGAGUGGCCGGAGCCAAAGCCCCUGGGCUGUGCUGACCAAUGAGGUGGAUGUGCCUGGAGCUGGUUCCCCUGGUGGCAGGAGCCCCCCAGAGCCCUGGCUGUGGCCCCCAACCAUGGUCCCACCCAUCACCCUUGGCCUGGAACUAGAGGAAGCCAAGGGCCCCAGUGUGAGGCCAGCCACCCCCGACCUGCCCUGGUCCUCCUCGGAGGCCACUGCCUUGGCUCCCAACCCCUUGAAGGGCCCCAGCACUGCCCGCUGGGAGGCUUCUCCCACAGUCAUUUCUCCAGACCUCCCUGUCAUAGCCAUGCUUCGUGCCCCCAAACUGUGGCUCCUGUCACACCCUACGCCCCUCCCCACUGAUGCCAGUGAGGUAAAGGGGUAUAGUGAAGCCAUGGCUGCUGCCCCACCCUCCCCUGCCUCAGAGAUCGAGGCCAGCCCCCAGGAUCCCAUCCAUCCAGAAGUGUAUUCCCUGCCCUCCUCCUUGGGCCUGACGGGACAAGGUGGAGAGGCCACUCCUACAGCUGCUUUUCAGGCAGCCACAGACACACAAGCUGGAGCUGGUCCUAACUCCUUCAGAGCAGACUUCGGAAAAACUGGGGGGACCAGACCUACUGGGCUCAGCAAAGCUGAGCACCCCAGAUCCAACCCACAGGCUUCUGUGGAUGGGAAUGUGGUGGCGGCCGUCACUCCCACUGAGACUGCCACUGAGCCCAUGGGAGCCAGAGGCAUCUUGGGGUCUGAGUCUGGGGUCUUCAACACAGCAGAGACCCCCACUUCCAGCUUGCAGGCCAACUUGGACGAGGCACAGGGCAUGUGGCCGUCACUGCACAGUGAAGGGCUAGACCCCCAUUCCCCAUCUGCACCCUUGGGGGUCCCUGGGGUCUCCUUGAUGCCCAAGGUCACCCCGCGUUUGGAGCCUUCGGCUGCUACAGAUGGAGAAGCCACAGUGGGUCCCAUGGAUUCCAUGGCCGCACUAGACACCAGCGGUGCUGGUGGGAAUUGGAAACCUGGAUCCUACGUGGUUGAGGGAGCUGAAAGCCCCACCUUGAGCCCUCAAACGGCUGUGGAUACAAGUGUGGUGAUGUCCCUCAUGUCCCUGGAUCUGGGGGACAAGGUUGGGGUCCUGGCCAUGCCCACAAUGGCCUCCUCAAGCUCCCAACCCCGUCCAGAGCCGGAGGGCCAGAUGGUGACCCAGGGCACCCUGAGAGGCUUGGAGCCUCCACAUGAGGGCAGCCCCUCAGGGGAGCCCGCUCUUCCUCCUUGGACACCGACAGCAGCCAGCAAGGACAAGCCCAUUUCGGUUUCCUCGGGAGAGCCUAUAGUGCCGUGGGACUCCCCCAGCACUCUGCUGCCUGCCUCCCUGGGUCCAGAGGAGUUUGAGCUGGAGGUCCUGGCGGGGAGCCCAGGUGUGGAGAGCUUCUGGGAGGAGGCAGCAAGUGGAGAGGAGCCAGCCCUGCCAGGAACCCCUGCGAAUGGGAGUGCAGAGGAGGUCCCCUUGGAUCCCUGUGAGAACAACCCUUGCCUGCAUGGGGGCACCUGUAAAGCCAAUGGCACCAUGUAUGGCUGUAGCUGUGACCAGGGCUUUGCUGGAGAGAACUGUGAGAUCGAUAUAGAUGACUGCAUCUCCAGCCCCUGUGAGAAUGGAGGCACCUGCAUCGACGAGGUGAAUGCCUUCGUCUGCCUUUGCCUCCCCAGCUACGGGGGCAGCCUCUGUGAGAAAGACACAGAGGGCUGUGACCAUGGCUGGCACAAGUUUCAGGGCCACUGCUACCGCUACUUCGCCCAUCGGCGGGCAUGGGAGGAUGCCGAGAGGGAUUGCCGCCGUCGAGCCGGCCAUCUGACCAGCAUCCACUCACCCGAAGAACACGGCUUCAUUAACAGUUUUGGGCGUGAAAACACGUGGAUCGGCCUAAACGACAGGAUCGUGGAGAGGGAUUUCCAGUGGACGGACAACACGGGACUGCAAUAUGAGAACUGGAGAGAGAACCAGCCCGACAAUUUCUUCGCGGGUGGGGAGGACUGUGUGGUGAUGGUGGCACAUGAGAGCGGGCACUGGAAUGAUGUUCCCUGCAACUACAACCUCCCCUAUGUCUGUAAGAAGGGCACAGUGCUGUGUGGUCCCCCUCCAGCAGUGGAGAACGCUUUGCCCAUCGGUGCCCGCAAGGCCAAGUAUAAUGUCCACGCCGCUGUACGCUACCAGUGCGACGAAGGAUUUGCCCAGCACCACGUGGCCAUCAUCCGAUGCCGGAGCAAUGGCAAAUGGGACCGGCCCCAAAUUGUCUGCACCAAACCCAGACGAUCCCAUCGGAUGCGGCGACACCAUCACCACCACCAACACCACCACCAGCAUCACCACCACAAAUCGCGCAAGGAGCGCAGAAAACACAAGAAGCACCCAGCAGAGGACUGGGAGAAGGAAGAAGGGAAUUUCUGCUGAAGAACCAGGCAAAAGAAAGCACAAUCCCCUUCCCACACCUCCCCUGGAGCCUUCACCUGGGGAGGCAGAGCCCAGAGAGAAACAAGAGGGUCCGGAAGCCCCUGAGUCCCAAACCACA